AUGACCGUGGCGGAUAACUGGUCUCCUCGCCUAGCCCGACCCUUUAAUCUGUUCUACUACCGAGUGUUUUUAUCAGGCCCCGAGAGCCCAGCACACGCCCCCUACCCCUGGCACUUGGUCUCCCUUGAGCCGACUCGACAGCGGGACGUCAGGGUCUGUCAUGCAGAACUCCUCCCUCACAUGACAACAUACCCCAGCCAUGAGAAUGGUUCAUCCCAUGUUGGUUGGUUGCCAGUGGACAAGCACUGCCACGGCGAGCACGUUACCCAAUCCGUCAGACGUGCAGCAAAGUCCUGUAGAUCCCGAUGUAACGGCAGUGAACCAAGGAAGAAAAAAAAAGACCACAUCAUCCUGAAGGAAGGUCCGUCAAUGGGGCCCUUGUGUCAUGACUUGAAGAUGAUGCACGCUCGUGCCAGUGUCAUCUACAACCCCUCUACGCUGUUGGCUUGUAGAGUACGUGGGGAUCAAGAAAAGGUUCCAAGUUGCCGUGACAGCAUGCACGCACGGGUGUGGUUUGAAGCUCACCGAGUGCUAGCGCAGGACUACCACGUACGCAAGGUACGGUACAAUUCGAGAGCACGCCCCCCUGGGAGAGCGGCUAGAGGUGACCCUGGAGGUGAUCACAUGACCGAUGUCAUCUGCGGGAUGCGACAUGGUCUGUGUGAGCUUGCAAGCUUGACAGGAGCCAAGGGGUCUUCUACCAACAGGAGAGGGAGGGGCUCUGGGUCGGAAGGAAUGCCGACACCAAUGAACGAAAGUACAAGCCAACAAAUGGGGUUGGCUUUUGUGACUUGUUUGCGGCGACCCUUUGGGCGUGGCUACCAUGGGAGGCAGGGCCUAAGUGGUACGCAAUAAAACAUAACAUCAG